AUGCCACUGAAACACUAUCUCCUUCUGCUGCUGGGCUGCCAAGCCUGGGGUGUAGGGUUGGCCUACUAUGGCUGCCCUAACGAGUGCACCUGCUCCAGGGCCGCCCAGGUGGAGUGCACGGGGGCACGCAUCAUGGCAGUGCCCACCCCCCUGCCCUGGAAUGCCAUGAGCCUGCAGAUCCUCAACACACACAUCACCGAACUCAGCGAGUCCCCAUUCCUCAACAACUCGGCCCUCAUCGCCCUGAGGAUUGAGAAGAACGAUCUGUCGCACAUCGUGCCCGGCACCUUCCGCCACCUGGGCUCGCUGCGCUACCUCAGUCUCGCCAACAACAAGCUCCGGGUUCUGCCCAUGGGCCUUUUCCAGGGCCUGGACAAUCUUGAGUCGCUCCUUCUGUCCAGCAACCAGCUGGUGCAGAUCCAGCCAGCUCACUUCUCCCCAUGUGGCAACCUCAGGGAACUGCAGUUGCAUGGAAACCACCUGGAGUACAUCCCGGACGGCGUCUUCGACCACCUGGUGGGCCUCACCAAGCUCAACCUGGGCAAGAACAGCCUCACCCACAUCUCCCCCCGAGUCUUCCAGCACCUGGGCAACCUCCAGGUCCUCCGGCUGUAUGAGAACAAGCUCACGGAUAUCCCCAUGGGCGCUUUCGAUGGGCUGGGCAACCUCCAGGAACUGGCCCUGCAGCAGAAUCAGAUCGGCAUACUGUCCUCUGGCCUCUUCCACAACAACCGGAACCUCCAGAGACUCUACUUGUCCAACAACCGCAUCUCCCAGCUGCCACCCGGCAUCUUCCUGCAGCUGCCGCAGCUCAACCGCCUCACCCUCUUUGGAAACUCCCUGAAGGAGCUCUCUCCGGGGGUCUUCGGGCCCAUGCCCGACCUGCGAGAGCUGUGGCUCUACGACAACCACAUCACAUCUCUCCCUGACAACGUUUUCAUCAACCUCCGGCUGCUGCAGGUCCUCAUCCUGAGCCGCAACCAGAUCAGCCUCAUCUCGCCGGGCGCCUUCAACGGGCUCACGGAGCUUCGAGAGCUGUCACUCCACACCAAUGCGCUGCAGGACCUGGAUGGGCAUGUCUUCCACGCAUUGACCAACCUGCAGAACAUCUCCCUGCAGAACAACCACCUCCGACAGCUCCCCGGGAAUAUCUUCGCACAUGUCAAUGGCCUCACGACCAUCCAGCUGCAGAACAACCAGCUGGAGAACCUGCCCAUGGGCAUCUUUGAUCACCUGGGGAACCUGUGUGAGCUGCGACUCCAUGAUAACCCUUGGCGGUGUGACACGGACAUCCUUCCGCUCCACCACUGGCUCCUGCUCAAUCAGCCCAGGGUGAGGACAGACACUCUGCCGGUGUGUUUCAGCCCGGCCAAUGUCCGAGGCCAGUCCCUUACUAUCAUCAAUAUCAACACUGUUGUUCCCAGCAUCCAAAUUCCUGAGGUGCCUAGCUACCCAGAAACGCCGUGGUACCCAGAAACACCCAGUUACCCUGACACCACAUCCAUCUCUUCUACCACUGAGUUGACCAGCUCCGUGAAAGACUACACUGAUCUGACCACCAUCGGGGUCACUGAUGACCGCAGUGUCUGGGGUAUGACGCAGGCCCAGAGUGGGUUGGCCAUUGCCGCCAUUGUAAUCGGUAUCAUUGCCCUGGCCUGCUCCCUAGCUGCCUGCAUCUGCUGUUGCUGCUGCAAGAAGAGGAACCAAGCAGUCCUCAUGCAGAUGAAGGCACCCAAUGAGUGCUGA